AUGGAGUUGAAAGAGAUUCCUGUUGAUGGUAUUAUCCGGCCGUUAAACCGCAAUGAGGUUCUAGGUCUGAUCUUCCGCCUUACAGCAUUUGGUGCAGUCACCUAUUUUACAAUAGAGUGGAUGGCUGAUGCUAUUGAUCCAACAAGAAAACAGAAAGCUGAAGCACAAAAACAGGCAGAAAAACUCAUGCGGGAGAUUGGAGUGCAGAAAAUUCAGCUUUCUGAAUAUGAGAUGAGCAUUGCAGCUCAUCUUGUGGAUCCAUUGACUAUGCAGAUUACAUGGCAUGACAUUGCAGGUCUGGAUGAAGUCAUAACUGAACUGAAAGACACGGUUAUACUUCCGAUCCAGAACAGAGAUUUGUUUAAAGGAUCCAGGCUUCUUCAGCCACCCAAAGGUGUGUUGCUGUAUGGGCCUCCAGGCUGUGGGAAAACUCUUAUAGCCAAAGCUACUGCCAAAGAGGCUGGAUUCCGCUUCAUUAACCUGCAGCCUUCCACUCUCACUGACAAAUGGUACGGAGAAUCCCAGAAACUAGCUGCAGCUGUCUUUUCGCUGGCCAUCAAGCUACAGCCCUCUAUUAUCUUCAUCGAUGAGAUUGAUUCCUUUUUGAGGAGUCGCUCAAGUUCAGAUCAUGAGGCCACUGCCGUGAUGAAGGCUCAGUUCAUGAGCUUAUGGGACGGACUGGAUACUGACGUCAACUGCCAGGUCAUAAUAAUGGGAGCCACCAAUCGGCCACAAGAUCUUGAUUCUGCAAUGCUCCGAAGGAUGCCCACAAAAUUCUACAUUAAUCAGCCUAAUGUCAUGCAGAAGAUAGACAUAUUGAAACUGAUCUUGAAAAAUGAGAAUGUGGAGUCUACUCUGGACUUUGGUGAAAUUGCAAAACAGACCGACGGGUUCUCAGGAAGUGACCUCAAAGAGAUGUGCUGAGAGGUUGCUCUGCUUUGUUCCAGAUGAAGACUUCAUCUGUCCCAUCAGGCAGGAAGACUUGCAGAGGGCAUUGGAGAAGAUGAAGAAGUCCAAAUCUGCUGGAUU